AGUUGUGAUGCAAUCGGUGUGAAAGCGAUCGCCAUAUUUGACGUGUGAAUCAGUGUUUGCUUUUUGUAUUGACUUUCAAUUGCAUUACUAUUAGUAUUAACACAAUUCAAAACACCCAACGCUUGUAAUCACACAAUCAUUUGCCAACACUUUAAACACCUAUUUAUUUAAAUUGUAUUUAUUAUCAAUUGUCGGCCAAAACCACACAACCAAACGGUGCAUACAAUGGGAGAAAUGAGUCAAUCUGUGGUCGCUUUCGAGGAUCUUCUGAACGAAACGUUUGUCAAUUACGCGAGUCUUUCGGCCAAAAUCGGUGGCGCCGUUAAGACUCACGCGGAUAUGGUGUCCAAAGCGGUGGCCAUUCAGCGCCAGUUCCUGGUGUUGGCGGCGAAGUCCCGCAAACCGGCCGACGCGGCACUCAUCGCACUCUUGAAGCCGACGUCCGAACAGAUCCAACAAAUACAAGACUUCCGCGAAAAAAACAGAACUCACGAACAUUUCAUCCAUUUGUCGGCCAUCUCUGAGUCGAUACCGGCGUUGGGUUGGGUGACAGUGAGUCCCACUCCCGGGCCGUACGUGAAGGAGAUGGUGGACGCGUCCCAGUUCUACACCAAUAAAGUAUUAGUCGGCUAUAAAGAUAAGGACAAGACUCACGUCGAUUGGGCCAAAGCGUGGCUCUCGUUUCUCACCGGUCUUCAGGCGUAUAUCAAACAAUACCACACGACUGGCCUCUCGUGGAACCCCAGAGGUGGUGACGCCGGCACCGGUCAGUCAAAUGGCGCGUCGGCCGCACCCGCGGGCGGUCCACUGCCACCUCCGCCCCCACCGCCGGCCGGUUUCUUCGACGAGCCGGGAAAGGGUGACGACAGGAGCGCACUCUUCGCCGCACUUAAUAAAGGCGAAGACGUGACGAGAGGUCUGAAGAAGAUUUCGGCCGAUCAGCAAACGCACAAAAACCCAUCGCUCCGGGCGUCGGGUGUAGUGCCCGAUAAGCCAGUGGUGGCCGCAAAACCGGCGAACUUAGGCCCGCAAAAGCCUGCGGCAAGACUUCCACCGAAGAUGGCAUUGGAGGGCAAGAAAUGGAUGAUUGAGAACCAAAUCGGACAAAAAAAUCUGGUGAUAGAGAACUGCGAAAUGAAUCAAUCGAUUAAUGUCUACAAAUGCGAAGACUGUGUCCUCACUGUUAAGGGAAAAGUCAACUCAAUAACAGUCGAUCUCUCGAAGAAGUUCUCGAUUGUCUUCCAGAACAUUGUGUCUGUCGUUGAGUUUAUAAACAGUCAGAAAAUUCAGGCACAGGCUAUGGGAGUGGUGCCCACCAUAACCGUCGAUAAGGUGGACAACUUUGAGCUUUAUUUGGCUAAAGAGUCGCUUCAAUGCGAGAUCAUUAGCUCCAAGAGCUCAGGCAUUAAUAUAUCGGUUCCCGACAGCAAGACUGGCGAUUAUGUGGAGCACCCGAUCCCCGAACAGUUGAAGACCGUAUGGACGGGAAAGGGCUUCAAAACCGACGCUCUGGAGAGCGCUUAAACCAAAGCAUGUAUUGUCUAAACAAAACAUUUUUACGUAACUCACAAAUCAUGAUAUAUUUGUAGAGUUUUUAUGCAUAAAAUUUAAACGCUUUUUAAUACUAAUAAUCAGCGGAUUAUUCGCUAAUGAAUUAAAAGUUUUUUAUUUUCUAUAACUUAUUUAUAAAGACUUAAAAUUAAUGCUCAAAAAACAAAAAACAUUUUAUUUAUUGACACAAGAAAUAGGAUUUUAUUUUUAUCUUUACCAAUAUUUUUAACGCUUAUGAUUGUAAUGAAUGUACAGAACAGUUGUGAUGAAGUAAUAAAUUAAAAUUAGAUUUUACUAAUCAAUCAAUCAAUUUGUUUAUUAAUGUAUUUGAUUUGUAUUCAACAUCUGAAUGGCUGUCUGUUUUGUGUGGGUUUUGGUGUUUGUUGUUUGUAUUGUAAACUUGUUUUUUGGUGAAUGAACUUCUGUAUGAAUAUCGCAGUCCGUCUCUCCCUUUCGCUGCGAUCGGCGCUCAAUGAUUACGAUUUAUACCUUUUUGUUUCUGCCUCCCAAUCAUUGCCGGUAUAUCCCGUGUAUUACACGAUUGACAUCUCGACCCUCAUUGAAGAUACACUUAUGUAACUUAUGAUUACUUUUGAAUAUUGCUAUAACUGUGUGGCAAUAGUUGUGCCCAUUAUUUGGUUUGAUAUCGGAGUUUGUUAUCGAAAGGCGUAACACUUAAUUCACAAAAACCAUUGAUUGUUGAGCCGAUUGUAUGCCAUAAACAAAUAGGGAAUUGCUUUGUGUUUUGUAUUUUUUGAUAACCAAACGAAUAAAUGUUUAAACAAGCGCUCAGAGGAUGACUUGGAAUAUAUGGAAAAUAUAUAUUCAAAAGAUAUGUUAACAAAGAGUGGUUUCAACAAUAAGAUUAAGUUAAUAUUUAAUAAUCACUAUUGUAUUCAACCAAUUGAAUGAAUGCCUUGAAAAACUAAUAAACCAUUGAUUAAUAC